GACAUAUGGAAAAUGACCGAGACAAACCAGAUGUGCAUUGACGAGGCUGAGCAAUCCGUCUACAACGCACAGAGCCUUCUCUGCUCGGCUCUGGCUCAGGAAUACCUGUUCAUGAUUCAACAAGGAGUCGAAUAUUCCUACUUGACGACUGGAACUGCCCUUAUUCUUCUUCGAGUCCCAGACAACGACCCAAGAACCUUGUAC